AAUGAGUAAUGCCUGACUUUUUGUGUAGAACAGACGUGCUCUCCAAGGCCAGUGACGUAACUUUCAAGUCCCUCCGUAGGAAACACUCUUGCGGUUCUCAUCCUUAAAAGUUCAAUUAGUCUUGAGGCGAGCGUAGCAGCAGACGCGCCGGCGAUGGUGCUCGCGAAAGUUGUGAUUUCGGCUGUGGCCCUGGUGCUCGCGCAAAUCUCGCUCUCCUGGGCGCAGUUUUACAACGGAGAUCAGUGCUCAACGUAUUUUGGAGUGUCUGGAACGUGCACACCUUUGCAGAAUUGCGAGCAGGCAUUGCAAGAUCUCCGCGUGGGUCGGCGACCGCGAUUAUGCAGUUUCCAAUUAAAUCAUCCGAUUAUUUGCUGCCCUGGUCAGCAACAGGCCAUGCUGCCACAACAGCAGCCAGCAGGGUCCUCAGGUACGAGACCAGCCACGCGGAAAACAACUCCGAGACCAGCAGUUGCAACGAGUACAUUAAAGCCCUUUGCACUGCCCCCAACCGCACUGAAUACGAGGAGUGAACAAAAGUGCAGAGAAUAUGCCAAAUCAGUUUUUGUUCUUGAGGCGCCGCCGACUCUGCAAAUCGACGACGACGUUCAAUAUAUUAAUAAGUCCACCUGCGCUGCUGUUGGAACCAUUCUGGUGGUUGGCGGAGAGCCUGCGAGCCCCAAGGAAUUUCCGCACAUGGCUCUGUUAGGAUAUGGGUCAGAAACGGACCCGAACUGGUACUGCGGAGGCUCCCUUAUUAGCGAGCGAUUCGUUUUGACAGCGGCACACUGCAUUUCCAGCAGAGACGCGGGGGCCGUUAAGGUUGUCAGGUUGGGCGAUUUAGAAAUUUCAAAUGAUUUCGACGGAGCCCGACCGCAAAUGGUUCUGGUCGCCGAUCGCAUUCCGCACCCUGAGUACCGACCGCCGGCUCGGUACAAUGACAUUGCUUUGCUGCGAUUAGCCCGAGACGUUGAAUUCAACGCGUUCGUUCGACCGGCCUGUUUGCACCGGGUCAAAGAACUCCCUGGGCCUGGUGAGCAGAGACAAUUCGUUGCCACAGGAUGGGGUCGCGUUGGAUACACUGAAGACACAAGUGACAGACUACUGAAGGUUUCCUUAACCCCGAUAGAGCAUCCAGUUUGCAACCAAACAUACAAGAAUGAAGCCACCACCAGCAAGUUGAGACGAGGCAUCGACGACAGUUCCAUGAUUUGUGCUGGAGAGUUGCAGGGAGGAAAAGACACUUGCCAAGGCGACUCGGGUGGACCUCUGCAGUUUGUGAGGAAAGACCCUUACUGCAUGUACAGUGUGGUCGGAGUUACUUCUUUUGGAAAGUUUUGUGGCUACAGCAACAGCCCGGGAGUGUACACAAGAGUUUCAAACUACGUAAAGUGGAUAGAGGACAUUGUGUGGAAAAAUUAGGAAAAAAGUUGCCAAAUUAUAGUUGCACUUAAUUUUUGUGGUCUCUAAAAUUGAAGUGCAAUAAUUCUAGGUUGUAGUGCAUUUCAGUUAGUAAAAAAUAAAAAUAUAAAAAUUUUAUUUUACAAAAAAGCAUGAUCUUAGCUCAGAAUUGACGUUGGAAAACUGGCCGAUGGCAGAUGCAGUUUUUGAUGGGCAGAUUAAAAAAUAUUAAAUUUUGAA